AUGAAAAAAGAAAGCGUUAUCAAUGGAUUUAGGAGUACUGGAAUAUGGCCAAUUGACAAAACCAUGUAUCCAAAGGAACGCUUGGACCCAAGAUUGUUAGCGAAAUAUUAUACGUGGAAACAAAGUGGUAAAGCUCUUGAUUGGUCUAAAUUGUCAGACGGACAAAUCGAUGAAGCUGCGGGUCUUGCGCAAAAUCAAGUCUCGACAUCAUUACCACUGCCCAAAUUGCAAAACCAAGCAGAAUCUCCUUUAUCAAUAUCUAAUACCACACCUACAACCACCCCUAAUGUAAAUAUAACUCCAUCAUCUCUGCCAGGCGGAAGUCGUGAUGAAACUAAUGAGAUAAAUAUCUUGUUGAAGCAGCUUGGACCAUAUCCAUAUACAGCACCUACAGGCUUCUGCUGGAUUCCAAAUGGUUGGAAGUUGUCACCAAUUAACCAGUCCACCCCAAAAUCGACUGAGGUAUUUGAAGAGCUGUUCCUCGAUAAAGUAAAAGGUUCAGUAGAUCAGCCUAAGAAAAGAAGACAAAAGUUAGAUCUUCGCGGAAAGGUUAUUACGCAGAAAGAGCUGCUAGAAGAGCUUGAACGAAAAGCCCGAGAGAGAGAAGAAAGGGAAGCAAAGGCGUUGCUAAGAAAAGAAGAAAGAGAAAGGAAGAAACAACAAAUUGCAAUUGCGAGCAAAAAGGGAAAGCAAAAAAUUACAAUAAACAAGGAAGACGACAGCGAUACCGAUGAGAUUACCUCGAGCGAAGAAGAAGAUGAAGAAGAGGAAGAAGAGGAAGGAGAAAGAGAGGAAAGCGAAGAGGACGUUGUCCAGGAUGAAUCAACAGAUACACUGUUGUCAAUGGAAAAAACGUGGAAGUUUUUAAAUUCGCCAACAAAAGAAUGCGAUGUGGUUGGUAAAUGGUACGCAUGCAUUUACGACACCAAGAGAGGUCCUAGUUUGUACAUAGGAAAAGCCCUCACGCGAUUUUUGUAUGAUGAAAACGGUGUUGCUGCAGGAUUAGAGAUAGAAUGUCUGCAAAAAAAGUUGGGGACAGCUGACAACAUCCUUCGGGAAAUAAAAAAAACAAGCGAGUUCGGAACAGCUGUAGGGGAAGAUAUCGACACCUUCGCUGUCCAAAAUGUUAUCUGUGGGCCGUUAACUGCAACUUUUUUUGGGUGGUGACAAAUGGGAGUUCCCACAGUAUCCUCAAGUUCGAGAAUUAUUCGAAAGGAUAAGAAAAAAGAACAGAGACGCAAUGCAUGUUUCGGAAAGAUGCAAAUGGGAGAGUAAUUUAAAUGAAAUGUAGUUGUUGUAUAACUGCCGGUAUUUUCCCUGUUUAAAAUAAAAGCCGAAGUUUCAAGGUCAUUUUCGCCACACUACACGUUGUAUUGUUUCAAUUCCCUGUUAUAUUUUAUUAGUUAUUUCCAUUGCACCUCUUUGAAAUUAUUGACGGUUGUAGUUCUAAUAUUCAAAAAGAUAAAAAAGGCACAAAUAGACUAAUCCAGACUACACCGCUACGUAAAUAGCGUGCGUAACCAUUAGAUCUUAGGUGCGUAACAAACUAUUUUAUUAAUUGCGCAGGGUGUUAUAAUCAUUACGCACCUGCGUAAAAAAUAUAAAAAAAUGCGUAAUGAUUAGAGUUUUUUCGAUCUAAUCAUUACGCAUUGUUUUAUGUGAAAAAGUGCAUGAUAGCGCUUCCAUAUGGUCCUCAUAUUUGGUGAAUAUGUUACAAGAAACUAAU